AUGCCUUCAACAAUCUCCCGACCUGCAACUUACGGUGACCCCUUCGACUUGCUCGGACUCCAGCCUCCCAAGGAGCGUGAUAUUGAUGGAACGCCGGAGUACCUCCGCACGUACUGCGAUGCCGUCAGUCGCUGGGUUCCCGGCUUCUCCGAUUGGGCAGAGAAAUCUCGAACUUUUCAUCUUUUGGCGUUGCCACUUGACUAUAUGCUUUCCGUUCCGCGCAUUUUGCAGAAGACGCCAUUGGAGUUCGCGGCCGAGGCAUACGAAUACAGCCGGCCAUACCGCAAGCCAUCUAAGAGCAAUUGGAGUGCACCUCACCAGGUGCCAUACAGGCCGCCGCCGCCGCCUUGCAUGGUGCGCGUGAGGUGGUACCACUCCAUCGAACACAUGGUACCUGAUCUGUUCGAGGACUCAGAUCUGUUCGAGGACCCAGAUCUGUUUGCGGACAUUCCGUUGGAGAGCAAUGGCGAUCUCGACAUGCGCAUAAUCAGGAGAUUGUGGAACCUUGAGAAUUGUUACCCAGUAGAUUGGACACGCUUGAAAGUGAUGGUCCCGGGCGACCCGGACAGGUUGUCCAGUCUCGCCGUAGAGGUGAUGACGAGGGACUUCGACCGCUGCCUCCGCGUCAUCGAAAGACCAGGCCCCGCGACUCUCCUCGCCCGGGAGAGGAGGGUAAUCUUCAUCGACAAGUGGCGAACGACAAGGGGAGUAUGCGGAGACAUGAGCUGGAAGCUCCGCCACUCUCCACGUGCCCGGUUUGAGCUGCUCUCGAUGCUAGUAACGCUUGUCGUGGCAUACCUUGCGCUGCGGUAUGCGAUCAAGAUGGCGGUCCGUGCCGUUGUCGGUAUCCCUCAUACCAUAGCAGUCACAGCCAAAGCUGCGUGGCAUUAUGGGAUACAGAACCACAAGGUCGUGUUACUUGGCGUCGUGCUCGCAUUUGUGAUGCUAGAUCUCAUGAAGCAACGGAGGCCAAUAUCCGCAGAGGCUAUUGUAUUGCGUAUUGCGCCUGUCGUGAUUGCUAGCUUCAUUGGAUGCUGGUGUUGA